AUGCCCGAUGUUGGUAUUGAUACAUAUGCUGGAGAGUCGGUAUCCAUUUCAAAUCAUAAUAGCCCUGAUCCAGACCCAGCCAUUACCUUCGACACGACCUCGUAUACCUCACCCGAGGCAGAGGAUGACGAGCAAGAUCCGGUCAGACACCUUGCGCACGAGUUGACAGAGCAACUGGCAAAAUUCCGAGGAUGCUGCAAUGACUGCCACCAAGAAGCAGAUUGUGAACGAUCGGAUGACCCAAACGAACACAUCAGUCUCGCAAUGUAUCUGGAAUUUGCACCUGAGCUGGGUCCUGACAUUCUUGGCUCUUCAACUAUAGCACACCAAAAAGAUGACCUAGCUGGAAAGCUCGAUGCUGCAACCCGAAGAGAGAUGUUCUGUGGUAUCGGCCCCAGAGACGAGAUACCUCGUAUUUGCUUAAGAGAAGACGAUGGGGUUACAGAUGAUGCCGGGGUUUCCUUUGAUGUGGAUAGCAUCAUAGCCUUCCCAAGUUGCCUCGCGGUUGCCAAGCAGGGCAUUCGAUGGUCUCCUACCCAGAUGACUGUCUCUGAUCUUCAGUCUGAUCUUCACCUCCGUUCAAGGCCGGUCACUUACCUCGAUGCAACUGGAAUACAACAUCAAGUACACCGACCUGUCCACCAGAUUCCUCAUUAUACCUUCGGCCGUGUCGUUGGAUUGGAGGAUGUAUCUCUGUACUUUCUAUUUCCCAACCUGUAUCGAGAGGAGCAGAAGUGCAGCCGGCUUCGAGAUGAAGACUUUCAGUUAUGGACGGACGGCAUUCUCUUCCCGGCAAUAUACAAAUGCUACAGCAGCGCCCAUGUCCAGCAUUAUCCGUCGAGCUAUGACCACAGUCGCUAUAACUCUACCGCUCGUGGAGUGGAAACCCUUGCUCAGCGUGUACAUCCAGUAGCACGGGAACAACAAUUAGUGUACUUUCUACCACCAGAGGCACUAGCCGAAGUUUGGGCCAAUAUCCUCGCCACUGUUCAAGAACCAGGGUUCCAACAGUUCCAGGAUGUGACUAUCCUCCUUCAAGCAAAGAACCUCAAGGUCCUCACAAAAGACGUCACUUGGGAGAAAAUGGUAUCACGCUUCAAGGGGUAUUGGGUCAAAGCUAUUGACGAGAGCUACAUUACCCCAGACUUCUAUCUUGAUAUCGGAAAAGAAACUUGCCCUCGACAGGCAUCGCAAGUUGUACCUUGGAGCCAACUGGCGGCUGAGGCUAUGGAUGAUCUAAGAGACAAACGAGCCGAAUCGCUGAUAUACAGGCGAUGCUGCUUGGAGUCAUAUGCCUUCCAGGCCCAGCACGGGUCGGCUGAUGAAGCGAGCCAGAAACAAGUCUUUUAUCCCUUCAGUAUGCUUCAAGAUACCGGAAGCUUGACUAUUGAGACUGGAAAGCGUUCUUCACGCCGUCUUGCUGGCCUUCUCUACUCUCAAUUCUAUCCCAGUGUCAAGGAAGUUUUCGCGGCAGGGAAUGUGUAUCCAUUCACAAAUACAGCCAUUGAGACGCUUGCCCUUGACAAGAAGUUAAGAAAGACAUGGGAACUCGUUGGAGGUGGUCUCAGCCAUCAGCCAGCUGCAUUGAUCAAGGCAUAUCUAUACACAAAGCUCCGAUGCCACUAUGCGUUGUUGGGAUCUAUGCAGAAGUCCUUUGGCAUCAGAGAAGAGCACCGUGUUUCCAAGGAGCUAUUCUACGCGAUUGAUAGCCGAAUGCGCUCCCGAGAGCUCCACAACAUGCGCUUUGUCGUACCCACCAACGAUAAUUCCCCAUACUAUAGUUUCACGACCGAUACUUUGCUUCGAUGGCUGCGGUGGAAUAUCAACAAGUUCUGUGUCGGGUUCGAGAUGGUAUACAGCUUUCAGGACCCGCAUUUUGUGACUUGGGAGCACACAAGAAUCAUGCUUAUGUUUCUUCGCUGUCUCGGGUUCAAACGCACAAUGGAGGUGUACGGCUAUGCUUGGUUUCUUGACAAGAUCGACUGGAACACGCUCACUUUCCGGCAACCCCAUGCGGCCUAUAUGAUGUUCAACAACCCAUCCAUGCAGACAGUUUACCGCGCUCGGUACCACCAAGUACGAGAUGUACGGAUCGACUUCAUUCGAGUGGAUAAGGCUUACCAAUGGAUGCUCGAGUUCAGUGCUAUACCUAUGUGCCUCAACCUCUUGGAGAAUUACCUUCGAGAGCUCUGCUUGUGUGCCUUUCGAAAGGACGUCUUCUUUCACGUCAAGUCAGCUCUGAAGCCAGAGUAUAUGGAGGCUGCAUUAGCAGGAGACAUUCCCCUCUGCUAUGAUAGUGUCAACAAUGCCAUGCUCAAAGAUUACCAGCCACUUCAGCUUGCGCAAGGAAACAGGUUGGCAGUGAAGGAUGUUCACGUGUUAUUUGCUUGGCUUUGGAAAUCGAAGGAUGACCAUUUUGAACGGCAGGGGUGGAAUGAGAAGCCAUACCGUAUGCUAUUCCAGCAGAGCUUCCAUGCCAUCAGGACCGCACGAGGUAAAUCUGGCGCACGGAGGUGGCGGCAAGAGCUGAAAAGGUCAUUCCUUGGAAGCCAUUGGAUUCUCCCAUAUCCACAUAGCCGGGGAUUCAUGCGUAAGGAGAAGGAGGAAAAACAGUUCACAUGGUGGCCCAGUUUGCAUCAAGGACUCAUCAGACACUACGCCAAGUCCCGACAGACUGGAACACUUGCCCAUCCACUGCCAGCAUCCAACAUCGCAAAUCAUCCUAUUGACGGCUGGCAACUAGCAGGUUCUCGGUUUUCCAGGAGCUAUAUGCCCUAUGUCAUACAACCUGAACAGGAGCUAAUUCGAAUGCCUGAGAAUGAGCUUUAUGCCCAAUUAGUUGAUCUUCGGGAGCAAGCAUCAGCUGGGCUGCCUCGAAGGCCUUCUACAACACCUAUGCUGGAAUUGGAUAACUCCCCUGAGAGAUAUUACUUUCCUAAGAAAUGGUGCCAGAUACGGCAAAUAGAGGUCGCGAAAACAUUCGAGGAAUGUGACGCGGUUAAUGAGUGUGUCUGGUUUUUGGAAAAGGGGUUAGAGACAUACGAACAUCUCCGACACCGUCAACCAAACCGACGCAAAAGGCGUCGAAAUCGCGCUACAACCCAACUAGAUAGUGAUUCGGAUUCGGUCUCAGGAGGGGAUGAAACCGAGGCUACCUCGGACGAGGAGAGCCUUGUUGUCAUGCGAAAGAAGCAAGCACAGAUCGUGCGCAAUAUGGAGUCCCGAGUACAUGAGCUCAUUGGAGAGUUCAAACGAAAGUAUCCGCAAUGGCAGAAGGCUUAUAACCCUGUUUUAAGAGAGCUUAAUUACCGUCUAGACAGAGUUGAAUAA